AUGAGGGAGCUAGAGCUUGAGCCCGCCUUUCCUGGGGGUGUGACGUACUUUUCCCCGCCCUUCAACUUUCUUUUUUCAGCGGCCGUCCGCGAGAGACACCAUGAAGGCGUCUGGCACACUAAAGGAGUACAAAGUAAUUGGGCGUCUGUUGCCCUCUGCUAAGAACCCUGCCCCUCCUCUCUAUCGUAUGAGGAUCUUCUCCCCCAACCAUGUGGUCGCCAAGUCUCGCUUCUGGUACUUCGUCUCCCAGCUGAGGAAGAUGAAGAAGGCUUCUGGAGAGAUAGUCUACUGUGGACUGGUGCAUGAGAAGACCCCGCUGAAGGUGAAGAACUUUGGCAUCUGGCUGCGGUAUGACUCCCGCAGCGGCACCCACAACAUGUACCGGGAGUACAGGGACAUGUCCACCGCUGGAGCAGUCACACAGUGCUACCGGGAUAUGGGAGCCCGCCACCGUGCUCGUGCACACUCCAUCCAUGUCAUGAAGGUGCAGGAGAUCGCUGCCAACAAGUGUCGUCGACCUGCUAUCAAGCAGUUCCACGACUCCAAGAUCAAGUUCCCGCUGCCCCACAGGGUGCUGCGGCGUCAACACAAGCCACGUUUCACCACCAAGAGACCAAACACCUUCUUCUAAGUCGAUCAACCAGACUUUCCUGUGUGUAUUUGAGAAUUAAAAGAAGAAAAGUUUUAUCCCUA